AGUAUUCAUCGCAUUAUAAUUUAAUACCAUCUGAAGAAAAAACAAUGUCAAAUUUCAGCUUUUUCGGGUUUCAAUAUGGCACUCCAAGAAAGCCUCCAAACAAACCAGCUCCCCAAAUGAGUAAUAUCUCCAAAGAAAGAUCGAAAAGGUAUAGUUUUUCAAGGCCUUCAUCCCAAACAAAAGUGGAGGAAGUAAGGUACGUGUUCGAUAAAUUCGACACGAACAAAGACGGUAGAAUCAGCAGGGAGGAGUACAAGUCGGCUCUCAAGACCCUGGACAAAGACAUUGCAGAAGGUGAGAUUGCCAAGACAUUCAAGGCCCUUGACUCUGAUGGGGAUGGCUUCGUUGGGUUCACGGAGUUUGUGGAAAUGUUCAACAUGGGAAAUGAUGAGGCGAGAAAGGCGGACAUCGAAAGUGCGUUUCGAGUGUUCGAUUUGGAUGGGAAUGGGAAAAUAAGUGCAGAGGAGUUGUCCUUGGUGUUGAAGAAGUUGGGAGAGAAUUGCAGCCUUGGGGCUUGUAGGAAUAUGGUGAAAGGUGUGGACUCUGAUGGUGAUGGUUUAAUUGACAUGAAUGAGUUUACCAAUAUGAUGGGAGGCUUCAAAACACCAACUGCUUAAAGAUAUCAUAUAUAUAAGUAAUCUGCUUCUAAUAUUUGUAAGGGAAGUUUGCUUCUGUACUUGAAUAAGCUAUAUAAGCUGGAUGUCUGCCUUUGCUUCUAACGAGGAAAAUAAAUACAUCUUUUUUAGAGCAUGUAUGACUAAUAAAAGUAAUGAAUUUUAGUGA